UGUGGUGCCACCCUUUAAAGGUUGGAGUAUAUCGCCGUACCCAUAAUGCACUCGAAAGAUCGGCCUUUUGCAGCCGAUCGUCAAAAUGGGUAUCGAUUUGGACCACUCAAAGGAGCGGCGGGUUCGUAGGACCGAACCGAAGAGUCGGGAUAUUUAUCUCAGACUGCUGGUGAAGCUGUAUCGCUUCCUGGCUCGCCGUACCAACUCCAGGUUUAACAAAGUGGUGCUGCGACGUCUGUUCAUGAGCCGAGCCAAUCGCCAACCCCUAUCCCUGGCAAGACUGGUUCGUAAGAUGAAAUAUGAAGGACGCGAAGGCAAGACAGCAGUCGUGAUUGGAACUGUUACCGAUGAUCUGCGCAUCUACGAUUUGCCCAAGAUCAAACUGUGCGCCCUGCACGUGACAGCACGAGCCCGGGCAAGAAUCAUCAAGGCAGGGGGUGAGAUCAUGACACUGGACCAGCUUGCUCUCAAGGCACCUAAAGGCCAGAACACGGUCCUCCUGCAAGGGCCACGCAAGGCAAGGGAAGUAUACAGACACUUCGGCAAGGCACCAGGAACCCCCCACGCUCACACCAAGCCAUACGUGCGCUCAAAGGGAAGGAAGUUUGAGCGGGCUCGUGGAAAGCGUUCCAGCCGAGGAUACAAGAACUAGUCAGCCUUUCAAAUAACCAACAAAGCAUCAUUAUUAUGGAAAUCUCCCGAAAUCAAAGUAGUUACUAUGUGCUCAUCACAAUCUGAACAUCUGUAACAAAGUCUUGAAAACAAAAGUUCAGUUGCAACCAGCGGAACACAGUUUUGGGUUUCUUUUCUCAUUAAAAGUGCCAUUUACUCUUUCAAAUUACCAAGGUUUUAGAUAAAGCAGUUCAGAGAAACUAAAAUGAUGCAUUUCAAGUACUUUCUUGAGCUGUGUGGGGAGGUUGAGCAUUAUUGUGUGUUACCCAUGCAUCUACCCUUGCUGUGAGCAGAACCAUUGAUAAUAAAAAGAAGUUGGCAGAAGGUA